AUGAAGCCAGUUCAGGCGAGGUCGAAACUGCCCUCCACCCUGGAUGAGAACACCUUUUUGGGAAGCAUGGCUAUGCGAAAUUUAGUAUCAAACCUUCCCGAUCCCAAAGAACCUUCACCAGUCCCUAAUGGAUCCUGUCAGCGUGACGUCCACACUCGUUCGGCUAGUGCCUUCUGUCCAGACCAUCAGACUGAUGAUUGGGUGAACAAGUUCCAUGUACAAGCCACUUUUAAUUCUGCAGGAGCUGUUAUAUCCAACUUUGGAGCUAGCCGACCGCAUGGCAAAAGCAAGAGCACGCUUACGGGGACCUUAUCACCCACUGAAAUAGCUGCUACUGAGAUCAUUCCUAAAGCCAUCCAGGCUACUAUUUGCCCAGAGUCUCUCCUGACCUGUGAGCCUUUUGCAGAGCUCGGAUUAAGGGAGCCAGGUGACCUUGGCACGGACUCUAUAAACACGAAAGUGGCUAAUAUGAUGCAGCCCAUUCCAAAGACUCGAGCACCUAAUGGACUAAUGGGGGGAAUGAAGGAGUCGACUGAAGCAUCUCGACCUGAUCGACAAACUCAAAUGACAUUGCCAAGUGAUAAAGAGACUGGUUAUCUGCUUGAUGUAGGUAACUUAGCUCCAAGAAAUUCUUACUGUGCACUCUGCGACAACCAUGACUACUUGCAUAGAGUCGAUUUGCCUGCAUAUCUAGUCUCACCAUGCUAUCACUGUCGUGAGACGCUGGCACGGGAUGCCAAGAUCACACCGGAGGCUUUGUUUGAUUUACACCUGCAACACAAUAUCCCCUGGCCAGCUUACCUACAAGCUCGCUAUGGACUACCCUCUGAUGGUCGCCAGUUAUCAGAACUAAUUGCUUACGACUGUAAAUGGCGUAGCAGGCAACCAUGCUACUGUUUCUCUGCUCAUGGUGUCCCUGUUCUCCCUCCUUGUGUCGAAUUUCCUUGGUUGAUACCGCCUUCUUCACCACCUCUACUAACGCAGACUCAAAUGCAUCUACGCUCUCACACUACCUCUGGUGGCCGUUCUUCGUCUCCUCUUGAACAAGGACAUCAACAGUAUUCAGUUCAUUCUUCUAGCCAGGUUUCUGGAGGCAACUUAUCUACGACAUCGCCGCCAAUUGAUAGCUCUGAAUAUUUGCCUGAUGAUAUGUCAACUAGUAUGGCCGUCCCUUUAGUCGCUGAUUCAACCUGCUCGUCAAGGGACACUGCAGAAACUACAUUUGAAUUCAAGCUUUCCUUAGUAGCUGCGAGUGAGGAAGGAAAGGAGGUAUCUGGGGCUAAAGAAAAAGCGUUGAAGACCACUACUUGCCCGGUUGCCGGGCCUUGUGAUGGGUUGAUUAGCGUAAUUGUUGAUAAUCAAGCUCCUUCGCCUCUAACUACUUUAGAAAGUGAGUCUUUAUGUUAUUUUGCCUCAUGA